AUGUCCUCCAAUGCGACUUCCACAGUUCCAACAUCACUCCCAUCUGUUCCAUCGCUAGAUAAUACAUUCGGAGCCGUACUGAUUGGGACGUUCCUCGGGCUCAUAGUGUAUACUGCGGACGCCUCCCUGAUGAAGUUCAUGAUAAUGUGCCUGGCACUGCUGGAUGCAGGAAACGCAGUCGUUACCAUGCAUGCUUGCUAUUACUACCUCGUCACCAAUUAUCACAAUCCAUCGGCCCUCCCCUAUGGUGUUUGCACUCCAUACACUACCAUCAAGGUAUUGUCGGUACUCAUGGUUAAUGUCGCACCCCCUACUCUCCCGUCAUCCGCUGAUCCUAUCACUUUCUCAGGCCGCAACGUUGGUCCUGUAUAUCGUUACGUUGCAGUCGUCGCUGCUAUGUGCACAUUUGGGGCUGUCGGUAUGCAUCAAACAAUCGUUGCAGUGGCCAUCUUGCUGACAAGCCUCUGUAAGGCAUUGGGGCAGGUUUGUGGAUCUCUUCUAGCACGCCACAGCUUAAGCGAUCUCACUGUAUACAAUGCAGCGAUUAGCGUACAGAGCUUCAAGUACGCUAAAUUCUCUGAGUUCAAGAACUAUACUCAUUGA